AUGUUGUUUGAUGCCUGGCUCGAAUAUCUGCAGAUGUGCCUUAUGACUGAUGCUAAAGGCGGCGUAUCCCUCUUUGACCUCGCGUCUUGCACCUCAGUCGCUCCAGCAGACACAGUUGACAGCCUCACUCGCUCACAAUGGCUUACCCGUGACGCUGCUGCUCGCCUAGCUAUUCGCAACCACCUGCCGUUAGCCGAACGCACUCACUUUGGCCAGCACAAAACUGCUAAGGCACUGUAUACUGUUGUCAUCGCUCGCUACUCUUCCCCAGCCACUGCUGCUCUCAGCUGCCUUAUCCUACCCUACCUGUUCCCUGAGCUUUCCUCCUUCGCCACAGCUGAGGACCUCAUAGCUCACCUUCGCGCUAGUAACCUACGCUACCGCGCCGCCCUCCCAGCCGAGUUCUUAGCCAAGAACCCUCCCCCGAUGGACCACUUCCUCGCCCUCCCCCCCACCGACCUCACAGUCAACGACCUCGAGAAGCAACUCCUUGCAGCUGAGUCCAACAUCGUCGCUGUAGGUGCUGCUCGUGGCGCUCCCCACACUCCCCUCUUUGAGGGGUGUGCCCCCUCCCCCCUGGCCCCCUCCCACGCCUCUGCUGCUGCUGCUGCUGCUGUCGACUUCCUUGGUGCUGAGGAGGUCGGUGCCGCUUCUGCCCCUGGUGGGAAGCGCCGCAGCGGCAACGGCAGGGGAGGCAAGGGUGGCAGCGGUGGCAGCAGGGGAGGUGGUGGUGGAGGCGGAGGCGGUGGGGGUGGUGGCGGUGGGGGUGGUGGCGGGAGUGGAGGUGUCGGUGGCGGCGGUGGCGACGGCGGUGGCGACGGCGGUGGGCGUGGUGGUGGUGGAGGUGGCGGUGGUGGGACUGGUGGCGGCGGCGGGGGUGGUGACGGAGGUGGGGGCGGUGGUACCGGCGGUGGUGGCGGCGGUGGUGGCGGAGGUGGUGGAGCUGUUCAGCGAGGAGAUACUGGUGGUGGCCAGCGCCAGCAGCAGCAGCGUCCGCGCGAGACCCUUACGCCCCAGCAGCUUCGUGAGUGGUACGCUCAGCGUGGGGCGUCUGGGGGUAGUGCUCGCUGCCCGUACGUCAUUCGCACUGGGGACCGCGCUAGUCAGACAUGCAUGAAGUUUCACACUGAGUACCGCCUUGACGACGCAUGGCGUGCCCAGUUUCCUGACGCAGUAGAGCUCCCCCGCUGGGCGGAUCUGCUUAAGCGCGAUUUUGAUAUCUUUGCACCAGACUUUGAUGCUAUCCUUGCUGCCAUGUAUGCAUUGACUGUUAGUGCUGAUGGGGACUGUUACUUGUGUAUGCCAUAUGACCCAGGUAUAGAGUCUGCUGCUCUAGGUGCUCGUGAUUCUGCUCUCUCUGGUAUUGCGCCUGCUGAGGCCUUGCACACCUUCACUCUUGACUCAGGUGCUUCUCGUUGUUUCUUUUGUGACAAUACCGAGCUCACACCACUCCCUAGACCGGUUGCGGUCUCCCUGGCUGACCCCUCUGGGGGUCCCGUGCUUGCACACUCCUCCACUGUGCUCCCGUAUCCGACGUCGUUCUCGACGAACUUGGUGAGCAACGCUGUCCUUCAGGAUGCAGGGGUUGAUACCUUUACCCCUGGAGGACAGCGUGUGGCGAUCUGUACAUGCUCCCGGAACGGCCGUCACAUGGCCACGUUCACUCGUCGGCCAGAGACCCUCCUAUGGCACCACCGCCUUGGUCACCCCUCCCUGCCACGCCUUCGUGGCAUGCACUCCCGCCUCCUUGUCUCUGGUCUUCCCAGGUCUCUUCCUUCCCUCCCACCCUCGCCUGCCCCGCCCUGCGUUCCUUGCACCGAGGGGCGGCAGCGCGCCGCUCCUCACUCCUCCUCAUUUCCCCCGACGACUGCUCCCCUGCAAACUCUCCACCUGGACGUGUGGGGCCCAGCCCGCGUCCAGGGACAGGGCCGUGAGCGGUACUUUCUGCUGGUUGUUGACGACUACUCGCGUUACACCACGGUCUUCCCCUUGCACAGCAAGGGUGAGGUCCCUGAUGUUUUGAUCCCUUGGAUCCGCGCUGGGGAGGGCAUCCUCCAGUCGUUCACGCUUUCGGCCUCUCCACAGCAGAAUGAGGUUGCUGAGCGCCGCAUUGGCUUAGUCAUGGAGGUUGCUCGUACCUCCAUGAUCCAUGCGGCUGCUCCCAAUUUUCUGUGGCCGUUUGCGGUCCAGUACGCUGCGCAUCAGCUCAACCUCUGGCCCCGUGUCUCCCUGCCGGAGACCUCGCCCACACUGCGUUGGACGGGGAAGGUUGGCGAUGCGUCGCGGUUCCAGCCUGGGGGUGCUGAGCCUGCGACUGUGGAGCCUGGGGGUGCUGAGCCUGCGAGUGCGGAGCCUGGGGGUGCUGAGCCUGAGCGUGCGGAGCCUGGGGGUGCUGAGCCUGCGAGUGCGGAGCCUGGGGGUGCUGAGCCUGCGAGUGCGGAGCCUGGGGGUGCUGAGCUUGCGAGUGCGGAGCCUGGGGGUGCUGAGCCUGAGCGUGCGGAGCCUGGGGGUGCUGAGCCUGCGAGUGCGGAGCCUGGGGGUGCUGAGCCUAGGGGUGCUGCACCUACAGGUACUGAGUCUCCCCUCCGAGAGCCUCUCUCCCCACAGCAGCUGCGCGAGUGGUACGCUAGCCGCUGUCGCCUUCUGAGUGACGCGGCUGGAGCUAGUAGCGCUGGAGCUGGGGUCACUGGUGCUGGAGGUAUCGGAGGAGCUGGAGCUAGUGGUCCUGGAGGCGCUGGUGCCGUAGACGCUGGAGCUGGAGACGCUGGCGUUGGCGGUGCUGGAGCUCGAGGCACUGGAGCUGGAGUCGCUCGAGCUGGAGGCCCUGGAGUUGGGGACGCUGGCACAGGUGGCGCUGGAGGCGCGAGAGCUGGGGGCACUGGAGCUGGAGGCGCUGGAGCUGGAGACACUGGAGCUGGAGGUGCUAGAGCUGGAGGUGCUGGAGCUGGAGGCCCUACGCUGGAGCUGGAGACGCUGGCGUUGGCGGUGCUGGAGCUUGAGGCACUGGAGCUGGAGUCGCUCGAGCUGGAGGCCCUGGAGUUGGGGACGCUGGCACAGGUGGCGCUGGAGGCGCGAGAGCUGGGGGCACUGGAGCUGGAGGCGCUGGAGCUAACACUACUGGAGCUGGUGGUGCUAGAGCUGGAGGUGCUGGAGCUGGAGGCCCUGUGCAGCAGCGACCACGCUGGAGCUGGAAACGCUGGUGCUGGCGGUGCUGGAGCUCGAGGCACUGGAGCUGGAGUCGCUCGAGCUGGAUGCCCUGGAGUUGGGGACGCUGGCACAGGUGGCGCUGGAGGCGCGAGAGCUGGGGGCAUUGGAGCUGGAGGCGCUGGAGCUGGAGACACUGGAGCUGGAGGUGCUAGAGCUGGAGGUGCUGGAGCUGGAGGCCCUGUGCAGCAGCGACCGUUUUUCGAGCCGCCGCCACAGCUGUCUGAGCUUCCACCCGAGUCGGUGCUCCGCCAGGUUCUUAGUCUUCCUUCGUCCACUGCCCUUCCUCCUGGCUCGCCGCUGCCUGUCCCGUCACGCUACACUGAGCAGCCGGUCUCCCUUACAGAGCGUCGUGAGCCUGCGUCUCGUCCUGCCUCCCCUGUUCGCGCUGUUCGCACCGCUCGUCGUGUCCCGCGUCCGCGUCCUCCUCCUGUGCCAGGCACUCACACUAUGGCACUUCGUCCCUCCUCUGCUCCACAGCGCGUCCCGCUGUCGUCUCCUCCUGCGUCCUCUCUUCCUGAGCUUCCUGACCCUGAGUCUGACGCUGUUCGUGCUGCUAGCCCCACCGUUACGCGUCUGCUGGCUACUGUUGUCACUGACCCGUCGUUUGAGUCCACUGCUGCGUCUGCCUUGGUUGCUGUGCUUGUGGACUUUGCUGCAGCGUGUCGUUUAGACUACGCCGCCAGUCUUGUUGCAGAGUCUGAGUCUGUUUGUCCUCCGUCCGUCGGGGGUGGGUGUGCUCUUGGCACGGACGUCCUUGAGGACAGGCAGGAGGACUUUGACUGUCUUGCGGCUGCUGUACCUCAUCUCGUGGCCUGGCUGCUUGCCCCUGAGGGAGACCCGGAUGCACUGGACAUCCCGACCCCGCGCUCUUACACAAAGGCAAUCACGGGUCCCUACUCCUCUCAGUGGCAGACAGCCAUGGACGCAGAGAUGGCAUCCUGGAAGUCCAUAGGCACUUACGUCGACGCAGUUCCCCCUCCUGGGGCGAACAUAGUCGAUGGCAUGUGGAUUUUCAGGGUGAAGCGGCCGCCAGGUUCUCCGCCUGUCUUCAAGGCUCGUUACGUUGCACGAGGCUUCAGUCAGAGGACGACACUUGCGGCCCUUGGGUUUGCUCCUUCGACUGCUGACCCGUCGCUAUCUUUGCGCACCGACACUUCGCUGCCGCCGUUCUACAUUCUCGUGUACGUCGACGACUUGGUCUUCGCCACUGCUGACACUGAGGCACUCGCCCUUGUGAAGUCGGAGCUGCAGAAGAGACACACGUGCACAGACCUGGGUGAGUUGCGCAGCUACCUUGGCUUGCAGAUCACCUGGAACGAAGCAUGCCGCACCAUUACCCUGACUCAGUCACACAUGGUGCAGCAGGUCCUUCAGCGCUUCGGCUUCCAGUUCUCCUCACCACAGUCCACUCCUCUGUCUACUGGUCACUCGCUCUCAGCUCCACCUUCGGACGAGUCCGUAGAGCCGAGUGGCCCGUACCCAGAGCUUGUGGGCUGCCUCAUGUACCUGAUGACCUGCACUCGACCUGACCUUGCGUACCCUCUUAGCAUCUUGGCUCGCUACGUUGCACCUGGGAGACACCGGCGAGAGCACUGGGAGGCUGCUAAGAGGGUGUUACGCUACUUGUGCAGUACAUCAGGCAUGGGGCUGGUGCUUGGAGGACAGGGUCCAGCUGUCCUCACUGGUCACUCAGACGCCUCUUGGGUGGACGACCUAGCUACACAGCAGUCGUCGCAGGGCUACACCUUCAGCCUUCGUUCCGGCUCUGUCUCUUGGCGGUCUACCCGCUCUUCCUCUGUUCUCAGCUCCAGUUGUGAGGCUGAGAUCCACGCCACAGCCAUGGCUGCACAGGAGCUACGCUGGCUCACCUACCUGUUGGCUAACUUGGGAGAGCGGCCUCGUUCUCCUCUAGUUCUGUACGGUGACAACAAGGCAGCCCUUGCCUUGUGUCAGGAGCACAGACUGGAGCACAGGACGAAGCACAUCGCUCUGCGUUACUUUCUUGCUCGAGAGCUGCAGCAGCAUGGUCAGCUUCGUCUUGCUUACGGGGACACGCGGGCCAACACUGCUGAUGUAUUCACCAAGGCACUUCUGCCUAGUGAUCAUCAGCGGCACUGCACUGCUCUAGGCCUCGUGCCUACGUUCUCUCACUUGCUCACUGCUUGA